CAUCACAAUCUCUCAACACACAGAACUUCAAACAUCAAUCAAAGCCUUAUACUCUCUUCUCAAAAAAAAAUAAAAUCAAAUGGAUGACAUAUCAGUGAGCAAAAGCAACAAUGGAAAUGUUGUUGUACUCAACAUCCAAGCUCCUCCUGUUUCAAAAACUCAACUUCCUUCUUCUCCUCCCACAUCUCCACCAUUGUUAUCUGUCCACUUCAUGCAAAAGCUUAUAGCAGAACUCGUGGGAACUUACUACUUGAUAUUUGCGGGUUGUGCCGCUAUUGCCGUGAACGCUCAACACAACAAUGUAGUGACUCUUGUGGGCAUUGCGGUGGUUUGGGGUCUAGUGGUGAUGGUUCUUGUUUACUCUCUAGGCCACAUCUCUGCACACUUCAAUCCGGCUGUCACUAUCGCGUUAGCUUCUUGCAAGAGAUUCCCUCUGUAUCAACUCCCAGCCUACUUAAUUGUUCAAGUCAUUGGAUCAACCUUGGCUUCUGCGACUCUGCGUCUUUUGUUUGACCUAAACAAUGACGUGUGCAGCAAGAAACACGAUGUCUUCCUCGGAUCAUCUCCUUCUGGGACUGACCUUCAAGCAUUCGGGAUGGAGUUCAUCAUCACCGGCUUCCUUAUGAUAGUUGUUUGUGCCGUCACUACCUCCAAGAGAACAACCAAGGAACUAGAGGGGUUAAUCAUUGGUGCAACGGUCACACUGAAUGUUAUCUUUGCCGGAGAUGUAUCAGGAGCAUCAAUGAAUCCAGCAAGAAGCAUAGGACCUGCACUUGUGUGGGGAUGUUACCAAGGCAUCUGGAUUUACUUGCUGGCUCCAACACUUGGAGCAGUCUCAGCGGCCUUGAUUCAUAAACUGUUACCGGCUACACAGAAAACAAAUCCUGAGUUCUCCAAGACAGGAUCUUCUCAUAAACGAGUUACUGAUCUUCCUUUGUAAUGAUGUAGAUAAAAUCUUUAAGGUCAAUACUCGUCCUUUUAUCCGUAAAUAUGUUCAAUGGCUUGCAUUGUAAGUAAUCCCUAUCGGUAAGAAAUGGUUGUAGAGUAGAUGAUAUCUAUAUACAUGUUUACUUGGAUAGCAACCACUGUUCAAUU